UGCACUCAUCAAUGUGUUCUCCUGCUACUUCCUCUAUCCACCACUUGUCUGGAUACCAGCCAAACAUAAUCCAGCCAUACUGCAGCGACUGGAUCUCCGCUAUCCUCGAAUAUGGCACUGUCCAUCUCAAUAUCAUGGUUAUCAAAACAGCACACUUCCGUCUUACCAUCCAUUAGAUUCUGCUUCAGUUCUUCAAAAUCACUUAGUAU